CAGAUGGCAGCACAGCAGCCUGAUCGCCCCGGAGGAUCAGGCUUGAUUUUUGUAAUAAUCAAACAUGUCAGCCUGUUGUUCAUCUGGUGACAGUGAUAAAUCUCUAGAUGUGUUCAUUCAUCCAUUAGUUAUUGCAGAAACAUCACUACAGGAACCCAGUGAUAGGUUAUUCAUCAUAAAUGGCUCGAUUUCCCCUGGACACGAAGAGAGUCCAACCACAGCACCACAAGUUAUGAAUCAUAUUCAGUCAUCUAAUGAAGAGGGACUCUAUAGUGCAGAUGUAUCAAGGAAAUUAUCAGGUGUUGGAAAAUGGUCGAGCAGAGCCACACAGUUGUUUUUACAAAUGAUGCUACAGGAAGCUGAUAAACUACACAGCCCUUACAUCAAACAGCGGGACAUCUGGAGACACAUCUCCCAGGAGCUUACUAAAGAGGGCUUUCGUCUUGUGGCUGAGCACGUAGAGCGAAAGUGGCAUAAUUUACUCAGAACAUACAGAAUUCAUAAGAGGCAGAGGACUGCUAAUGGUUUCAAAUUCUGGGAAUAUUAUGAACCCUGUCAGCACCGUGAUCCUUCCCCUGAUGUGACAUCACAGCAUACACAUAGCGCAGCACAGCAGUAGCCACAUGUCUCUGAAUCAGCUCGGUGACUGCCCGACUGAAUUGUUUGGUGUCACCCAGUGGAUGGUUUGAGUGUGGAAGGAGCUAUUUUUUUUACAUAAAAUAUGUGCUGUUGUAGUUUAUGAUAUUUAUGUAUUUAUCUAUUUAAUUGUUUAUCAUAGCAUUUUUAUUUUUUUUGACAAAUGCAAUUUGAAAUUUGUUGAAAUUAGGUGUACUUUGUGCUCGCUAAAUCAUUUAACUCUGAACCACAUUGUUUAUAUAGGAGCUUGGUGUUAAAAAUUAAUUGUAUAACUUCAAAUCCAUUUGUAACAAACUCAUUAUUACUGUAUUAUUAUUAUUAUUAUUAGGAAAUACUUUGCUGUAUUAUACUGUACUCAGUGUUUACUGCCUUGCCAUUUGAAACCUUUGUUCACUCUGUACUUUGCUGUAAUCCGUCAUUUAACGAUAAGUUCGCUUAUUGUUAAGUUUUCAGGAUCGUAACCCCUUCGUUAAACAAGGGAUACCUGUGCUGUAUUUAUUUCUUUAUCAGGUCAGAUUAUGUUUUGUUUCUCUUUAAACUGAUAAAUUUACAUUAUGCUCAGUCUUUGUUUUUAUUUCUUAGCCUUUCAGGCCUAUUACUAUAAGUAUUGAUUAUCUUAUUCUGUAGGAUUCGGUACUAAGUAGGUUGUCCCAACCUUUAAGUAUAAGUCUAGACCUCUGAAAAAAUUACUUCUAAUAUAGUACAGUACAGGGUAUAUGCAAAUGUUAAUGUAUUCAUUUUAUUGCUUAGUGUACAAGGUAUGAACCUAGUCCUCUGCCUUAACUGGGAAUUGAAGCAAAUGCUUUUCCACUGAGCUACAGAGUCACUCAAUAAGAUGGCACAUGUAAUGUAAAACCUUCCAUCAAAAUGUUUGACUGCAGCUCACUGUAAAUUCAAAUACAGUAGUGUUGAGUAAAAGCUCAAAAUGCAGUAUUUAUUACAAACUCUGUUUCUUUUUCUAUUUGCUGAAUGUGAGAGAUAUAUACUUUUUUUAUUUUUUGUCUUUGGGAAAUCAAAGUGCAAAUAAAGAAAGACAUUUUUGUGUAGCUGCUACAUAUCUGUGGGAUUCUCCAGGACAGUACUGUGACCCAUACUGAAAUCGAGGUUUACUGUAUGAAGCUGUGUUUAGAAGAAAUUCUGAGUUAUCACCCCUUUAAUGCGUGGAUGUGAAUUCAUAAUAUUUAUGCUGAUAUGUAACUACCCAUAAUUAAUGGUAGUGUUGAACUCUUUCAGAUGAUGGAUAAGAUCAUGGGCUCUUUACCUAACGACAAAACAUCUUUAGGACCAACUGUGGAUAUACUUACAACAAAUUCACAGUUUCCCAUUACCAGUAGUGUCUCAACAGCUGCAACUUCUCUUGUGUCAACAACUUUAACACAGCUGCCAACACAAAACCUGAAUCUUCCCAACACUUCUUCAUUAAUUAUAGUUCCAGUAUCAUCUUCCUCUGUUCCACCUCCUAAUGCACCAGUCUAUUCUAUGCCUACUCCUGUAACCAGUCAUUCUCACUUUCUCUCACCUCUUUUACCCAAAACUUCACAAGAAAAUACUUCAGCCAUCACUCUAUCUCAAGUCCUACCAAACAGUCAGCCAUAUUGCCCACCAGCUUUCACUUCGCCAACAGUUUGUUUUAGUGAGCAACCAGAUGGUCAUUCUGCUGCUCUUCCUCUAUCACCACUUCAUCCUGUACAUCAACCAGACAGUUCUUUAGGUUCAUCACCUACCCUUUGUAUAAAGCAAGAACUAGAUGAGUCUUCCAGUGUCACUCCUGAGUGCCGGCUAAAUAGCUCCUUUCUUUCUGUACCUCAGUUGGGUCACCCUGAGUGUAAGCCAAACAGUCCCUCAGUUGACACAUUACCUCCACCUCUCCCUUCAUGUCAACUAGACAGUUCCUCAGGUACCUCUUUUCCUUCAGUCCAUUCCAAGCGCCGUAAAAUUUCAACUUCUGCAGCCAUUGAAUCUGGAAAUGAAAUGUCAACAUUCAAAGACGAAACAAAAGAAUCAAUAGAGAGUCAAGGGUCAGUGGAGAAAAAUGAGAAUAUGAGAAAUGAAAGUUCAGAUGCACACACAAGUGCUCUACUAAAAGAACAAUCAAAGGUGUUAAAGUUAAUUUACCAGGGCCUUCAAGCAAAUAACAGGUCUUUGGAGCAAUUUAAUAAUGGAUUGCAGAUCAUGCAUGCAGACAUAAAUCGGCUAUCAUCAGCAGUAGAAUCCCUGACUCAAACUUUAAACAAGAGAUAAUGUUUUGUUGUUCUAUACAUUGCAGAAUACAUUCAGUAAGCCAGCUGAAAAGAAUAAACAUAUAGCCACCCUAUGCCACUGCAGGAGAGGGCUUGCAAGAGUGUGAGCAAACUGUACCUCCAUCACCUUUUUACUGUGAUUGUUAAUAUUAUAGCCUUUAAAAUAUAUAUAAUUUUAUUAUGACACUGAAAUACCUUUUACAUGUUGAAUAUGUUUAUGCUUGUUUGAUUUUUUGCUUUGGAUAAGACUUUUAAUAUUUUAUUUUAACUUUUAUUUAUGGAUGUGUAUAACACUCUGAAUUUAUUGGUUUAAAACUAUAGUUGCAUUUUAAUAGUACUAUUACCUAGUCAACUGUAAUGCACACAAGAGGCCUAGUCAACUGUAUGUACUGUACACAAGAGACAAGAGCAGAAUAGGUAGGCCAUACAAUAGAGCUCUAUUUUUCAUAUUUUUGCUAAAAAAAGUAACAAGAGAAGAAGAUUUCAAGAAAUAGGUCAUGAUAGGGAGGCCAAGGGGCUUUUCUAUCAUGUCCACUUACUGAGGGGAGCUUAAUUUGGUAGUGAGUCAUCGCAAAUAAAUUACAGUACGUCCUGUACUAAAA